UCAUAUAUAACAUUGAUUUGUACACUUAGACUUUAAGGAUGUUGUGGCAACUUUUUACACUUAUUUUCUGUGUAGUUCUGUUGAUAUUUGGUGUAAAAUGGAAUCAUUACAAGCAGUUAAAUCGUCUAAAAGAGUGUAAUUUACCUAUCUCUCCAUUACCUAAUAUAAUUUAUUCAUUUUUUAAAUCAAUGCUGAUGAGAAAAAAUUCAGAUUUUAAUCCUAAUAUUUGGAUUUUCCAAUACGUACAAGCCAAUAGUCUUUUCUACGACAAGGAAAGAAUGUUUGCUUUUAAUGUAGGCGGAAAUGUUAUUUUACAUUUGUACAAACCAGAAUAUAUGGAAAUGAUUGUAAACAGUCACACGGUUCUAGAUAAAGGUUGGAUAUAUAAUUUUUUUAAAGCGUGGCUUGGAAAUGGAUUAAUUACAAGGUAAAUUUAAUCUCAACUUUCAUUGAUAAAACAGAAUAAACACUAUUAAUAUUUAAAAGAGUGAGUAUUUGUAGUCUAAACGUAGAAUAACUUCUGUGCGGUUAGAUAAUCAUUCUAUUCCACUAUAAUUGACAAGUACUACACUUACUACGUUUCCAUUGUUUCCUCGUGUUUGCUAAUGCCGAUAUCGUCAAUAUGUUUAAUGACACGCGUUUUAUUUCUCACAAUUGCAAUCACAAGAUCAGAAUCGGUGUUAUUAAGAUGCUAAGAGACUUAGUUUUACUCCACAUGAUCUUACGAUGAUAAUAUGAUUCGUUGGAUCGCUCAUUUUUCUUUCUUGAGUUACAUCUUGAAUUUGUAAAUGAC